AGCAUCGAGGGCGCAAAAGCCCGACGCUGUAGAGCAGAGUCCCCAAGACCCCAACCGAAAACCCCAGCUGCCCCAAACCCCCGAAUCCCGUUCGAUACUUCGAUCCCAAUGGUGGCCUCCUCCGCCAAUGCGCCACCGGGCGCCGGCGCACGGAGGCCGCGCAGCCGCCCCCGCGGGAGCGUGCGCUCGCGGAGCCUGAGGUGGAGCACGCCUCCGCGCAGCCCCCUGCCGUCGUCGUUGUCCGCGUCGCCCCGGCGGCAUUGCUCGCUCCCCGCGCUGGACCCGAUCACGCCCUUACCUGUCGGCACCGAGGUCGAGGUCCGCGUCGACGACGACGGCUUCUACGGCUCAUGGUUCGAGGCCACCGUCCUCGACUUCGCGCCCGCGCGCGGCUACCGCCACCCUGCGCGGUACACCGUCAAGUACGUGCACCUCCUCGCCGAGGCCGACGACGAAGGCGUCCUCGCGGAGCCCUUCGCGCCGUCCCACAUCCGCCCGCGGCCGCCGCUCCCGUCUUCGCCGCCGCGCUUCCGCCCCCACCACAUCGUCGAGGCGUUCCACAACGAGGGGUGGUGGUCGGGCAUCGUCGUGUCCGCCGCCGGAGCCGGGGUCACCGUCGCGUUCCCCGUCACCCGUGAGGUCAUCGAGUUCCCGUCGGGCCUCGUCCGCCCCCGCUGCGACUACGUUGACGGUGACUGGAUCCCGUCCCGGGUCGCGAUGGUUGUCCGCCCCAGCCGCACCGUCAGGGUCUACGAGGUCGGGGACAAGGUCGAGGUGGUGAGGAACCGGGACGUGUACGGGGACUCCUGGUUUCCCGCCACGGUGAAGGUCGUCAUCGACAACCUCAGCUACGUCGUCGAGUACUUUGAUCUGGAGGAGGAGGAGGGCGGGCUGGAGAAGGCCACCGAGUAUCUGCAUUGGCGGUUCAUCAGGCCGGCUUUUGAGCAUACACCGGGGGAGGGUGAGUUCCAGCUCCAGCCUGGUGAUGCCGUGGAGGCCUACUGUGAUGGGGCAUGGUCACCGGGAGUCGUCCAUAGGGUCGUCAGCGAGGGUGAGUAUGACAUCAGUAUUGUUGGCAAGAAGGCGGAACUGCUGGUGACCAAGGUGGUGGAAUUGCUCAAGCCGCGGUAUAAGUGGAAUGGCAACCGAUGGAGAAUUGCAACUGCUAAGAGACAGACUAACUUGAGGUGGCAUUCUAAGUCUGGAGAAAGUCCAAUCUCUCCAGUUGAUUUGACAUCUAGUGAUGAAGAACACAGCCAUGAUCCUGAUUCUUCUUCCAUAAAAAAGUCUAGGAAAAAACUAAAGCAGCUAGAUGCCACAUUAGCUGAAGGUUCUGAACACGCUUCAGUCUCUGAGAUGGACAUUCCUUUGUCAGCUAUGUGCAAGUCACCAGAAAGCACACAUUCGCCGAAUUCUUUGCUCUCUGAGAAGAGCAGUCCUCAAGGUUCACAUGUGAUAGUGAAUUUGGUUCCAAUGAAUGGACUUCAUUGUGCUUCUUCAGGGCAUUCAGCACCAGUGGACAACCAAGCAAUCCUGUCUGAUAUGGGUGUUUUUGAUGGUGAGCUUCAUGAAUCUGUAUCUGGGAGAAGCGUUGAUGCAUAUGAUAUGCUUCCCAUUGCUGAACUAAGAAAGAAAAUGGCUUCAGCUAGAAGAAAUUGUGCUGUCCAACAUACAGAGGAACAACAUGUGAAAUCGCUCAGAGUGAAGAAAUGUAUAUCGAAUAGUAAAGACAAAAAAACGCGCCCUAUUCAAGAGCUUAUGGGAGAAAUUCAGUUGAAGGGAAACAAGAAUUUCUCUAGGGACUUUGUUUUAGCUUUGGGCGUCUCUAGGGAUGGCCCGACUACUUUAUCUCCAGAUAGACUGGUGUCAAUAGGGCCAAAAAGGUGCUCAAGUACAAAGGUUCUUGCCUGUAAGAAAUUGGCUAAGAGGAGAGGAUCCAAAGAACUGUGCAGUCCAAAUAGCUCAUUGGAUGUGACUAGGACUGACCAGCAGGGAGGAAGAAAGGAAGUGGCAGAAGCAAUGAAAGAAUGUUCCUUAGCAUUGGAGUGUCCGAAAUCUGAUGCUCAAGGGCAGCUUGACAGAACUUUGGAGGAUGCAAAGAAUAUAACUGAAUUAUCAAAUCAGGAGAACCUCUUAUCCAUGCUGCCUCCUGGCUUUAAAUCAGUGUCUAACAGGAAAGGUACUAACAUACAUGAUGCUCAACUUGGGGAAGAACCAGCGGUUAUGACCAACAACAGCCUUAUUGAACCGAAUGGAAAUGAUGACAUGUGCACAGACCAUGCUGCUACUACCAAGUUAGCUGAAAACUACAAUGUGAUGGAAACAGCUAUCAUGUCUAUUGAUUGUCCGGCUCAACAACCCUGUGGGGAAGUGGAUGAGAGGUCAGUUUUAGGUCUUAAGAAUGCUGGGAGUACACAGUGCAUCAUCGACAGUUCUCCAUCGAGUGAGAGCUUGUUGCCUUCACCGCAGGCUUUGUUCGUCAAGAGCUCACCUGUGUGGCAUAUAGUUGAAGCAAUGCAUGUGUUUAAAGAGUUACCUCAACAACCACAUUUCAUUCCACUCCAAGAAGUCCCCCCGACACUACGCGAAGGAAUGGCAUUAGGUAUGAUGGUGUCAUUCGCGGACUUGGUGAAGGUUACAAUGGAAGCAAGCAUAGGCAACGACAUGGAAUGGUUUGAGGACAAGAUCAGGACAAUCUCCCAUCUAGAGGCAAAUGGAUUUAGUGUGCAAUCUAUACAGAGCGCCAUGACCGAAAUGGUCAAGGUCAAAACUGAGCACACCAGUUAUCAUUGCGAAAUCGGCAAGCUGAGUUCAAAGUUAGUGGAGAAUAUGGCUUCCUCCUCCAGAGCCGGUGCACUGCUUGAUGAAAAAGAUGAAGCUGCAGCACGGCUCGAGGAAGAACUUGUGAGUAUUCGCCAAGAAAGCCAGAAAAUCGCAAAGGAGAAGGAAAAAAUAGAUGCAGAGGUCGUGAGUAUCAAGACAGCAUGUAGCGGGUAUGAGGAUUUGUGCAGCGGUGUGGAACGCAAGUUUAAGGAAGUCUUGGCUGGGCUGCAGCGGAAGAGGCUAACCUGAUGCGCAAGGUGUUGAUGUCAUUUCGCUGCUUCAAAGUUCUAAUUCUGACCACUGUUUCUGCUUUUGGGCUGUAGGUCAUCUAUGUAUCACGGUAGGUUCAGAUCGAUGUGCUGUGCUUAGUUUGUGCAAGUCAUUCGGUACCUUUUAUAUAUCUGUAUGGUGAUCAUGAUGGCUUAGGGAGCCUGAUGAAGAUCGACUCUUGAUAAUUGUUACUGCUAUAUUAGUUGGACCGUAUUUAUUUGCCUGCGGCAUAAUUAGUUUGAGGGCAAUUUGUUUCCGUUCUUGUCAACUUUGAUUCUCCUGACUUCUAUCGUCUGAUGUUAUUUGAUCCAACUUGACAUAGGAUUGUCUUAUCCGA